UUAUACCACUUAAAAGCUGGUUCGUGCGCAUCUUCCGAUACGUGACGUUAGGUCUUUAAAUUCUCAACAGUCCCGCUGAAUUGAUAUUAAUGAAAAUAAUUUUCGCGGUUCAUACUUCAGUCGAUUGAUCGUCUACAGUGUGGGACAUCUAACAUACAAUGAAAUUUUCUACUUCGCCGGUGUCCCAACGUUCAGAACUUUGCCUCCGCUUAGCAGUUAAAGUGGAGAGAGAAAAAUUAUUACAGAUUAUUGCAGAUGAAGUCAAUAUAAAACAGAUUUUCUACCGGUGGUCAAUAGCUGCAUUUAAUGUACCACCUGGAUUUGUAUCUAUGUCAGUCUGCGUAAUUUUAAUGAGUUCUUGUCUCGUCUGUGCAAUUCCUCCUAACGAACAUUCAGAGGACACCGAGCUCUUCUUAACCCCGUACAUAGAGAACGGGCAAAUCGCAGAAGCUCAGCGGCUAGCGAGGGUGUCACCGAUGAUGAGGAACAUUCACAGUUUUUCCGGCUACUUGACCAUUAACAAGACCUGCAACGCGAACGUCUUCUUCUGGCUCUUCAGGAGUCAGCGAGGAAACUGGGAGAAACGCCCUCUCGUACUGUGGACGGAUGCCCAACCGGGAAACCCAACAACGGCGUUCGUAGUUUUCCGACAGCUUGGUCCGUUUUCCGUGGAUGAGAAACUUCGUUUGAGACGUCGUGCGUACUCCCUCACACGCGAUUACAACGUGCUUUUCAUCGACAAUCCGGUCGGAACCGUUUUCAAGAUCUCUCCUAGAUUUUCAGAUCGAGAGGAUAGAAUAGCGGCUUUCCUCAGAGCCAAUGACUCCGCUGCUGUCGAGAGUGAACGGGAAGCUGAGAGGUCCGACUUGAUCAGGGUGACCGGGUUCAAGCAUGGAUCUGAAUUUAUGCGCGAUGAAUUCAGUCGAAGUCCGAAUAGCACAGAGGAACACUUUUUUAACCUACCUGAAACCCGCAGGGCUCUGCACGCGGGACACCGUGCUUACAACGACGGGAAGACGAUCGCAGCUCUUAUGAGACCUGAGCUUGCACGAUCGGCUAGAUCCACUAUGGAAAGUCUCCUCACAAACGACUCUCUGAGUUCAGGGAUUCUGUACCUAACUGGCCAACAGGAUAUGAACUUUCCGUACCACGUCUUUGAAGAAUUCUUCAGUUCGCUGCGCUGGCCUGGUGCUGCUGAGUAUUACAACGCUAAAAGGUGCCAGUUUCGAAUAAAAGAUCGAGUGGUUGGGUACUACAAGACGGCAAGACAUUUCACACAGGUCAUGAUCAGGGGCGCAGGACACAUAAUUUAUGGCAUGCAACCAAAAUCCACAUAUCUCCUGAUUGAUGCAUUCAUAAGGAACAGCAGCAUCUUUCAGUGUACUUAAUGAGUCUGUAGAAGCAGAACUACAAACAUGAGCGAUAAUGAACAUACUAGAAAAUGUGACAUCAUGAAUGUCUGGGUUAUUUUCACUGCUAGCACUGAUCCACUUAAAACUGAGUGAUGUGUGAUGCCACACAGAGAGUGAGAUUCGUCACUCAGAUAUUCAAUGUCGAUAAUUCCAGAUCAGUAUGAGUGUCGAGAUAGCUGUUUUCUUGUAGCUUUUUGCGACGGAGAUGAUUUUUCACGGAAGAGGCAAGGUUUCGAUCAGUUUUUUAAUAGUCUUGGAAAAUUGUCUUUUUAAGGUUAUUGCUACGAGGGCGUCUGAAAAUUUUCCACGGCAGAUGGUCAUAGGAAGAUCUAACGAAGUAGAGGACCAGAACAACAACAUUAUAAAAAUAACUAAAUUCAUGAUUGAUUCGUGAUCCUUAUCAUUUCAUUUUAACUAUGCAUUUUACAAUGCAAAGAAAAAGGCCUCAUCCUUUUUCAGCUAGGAAAAAAGUCCAGACAAAUAAGGAUAAUUUGCUUGGAAAAAAAAAAAAAAAAAAGACUCAUCACGAUUCAUUUACGUUUUAUUCAUCAAAAAAUUGACAUUACAUAUUUA